AUGGGCCACUGGCCUGAUCCAAGACGACUGCUCUUAUUUUCGCAUCCCCUUUUCCCCGACUUCUCUCCGCUCCGCGAGGCGCACCUUCCUGCACUAUUGCAUGCUCCACAUAGCAAUCCCGUGUCCGGGUUUUCCACCCAGCCGCGUUGGCUCCGGAUCCCCUCUCUGAGCUGUUGUCUUUCUCUCUCGCUGAGCGAUCCGCAUUCCGGGUUUCUCCACCCGCCCCGCCGGCCCCGCCCCGCGGCUCCGGUUUCAGCCGCUGCUACAGGGACCCCCAAGAUGGAAACGCAGGGGCUGCCUGCCGCGGUGGAGGCGGCCCGGCCCGAGCCCGGCACCCAGCAACAUGGCGGCAGCGGCGCCGCGGCCCUUGGAGAGGGGGCUUCUUCCUCAGGGCCCGCCCGCCGACCUCCUCAGCCGCGGGACUCGGGGGCAGGAGCGGCGGCGGGAGCCUGGGGCCUGGACGUGACAUUCCCGGUGCUGCUGCUCCUGGAGGGCAAGAAGCCGCCGGAACCGCCUCAGCAGCAGCAACCGCCGCCGCCAUUGCCGCCUCCUCCCCCUCUUCCUCCGCCGCCCGCCCCUCAGCAGCCUCCGCAGGGGCCUUCCGCGAGCAGCGCCUUCGCCCUGCCGCCCGCGGGCCCCGGGCAGCCGCACGACAGCGACGCUCUGCUGCUGGUGCUCAACUUGGUGCGGGGCGGAGCCUCCGGAAGCCCCUCGCAGGAACCCGCCGCCACCACGACGACGCAGCCGCCGCCGCCGCCUCCGCGAGAGGAGAAGCCGGGCGACGGCGGGGGGGAAGGGGCACUCGAGGCCGAGGCUCCUGGGCCCGUGGCAGAGGGGAGCGGACAGGCGGCGACGGCGGAGGACGACGACCCCGGCGCCGCCGGCUCCUCGUUCUCGGGCACGCUCACCAUCAACAACCAGAGCCUGCUGGUGCGCUUCGAGAACGGGCUGCUCAGCCUCGGCGGGCCCGCGCAGCCGCCUCCGCCACCCGCGCCGCUCCUUCCUCCUCAGGCGCCGCGCUCCUCAGGCGCUGCCGACGAGGCCUCGGCAGGAGGCCCGCCUCGGACUCCCGCGCCUUACUCUUGCCCCGAGCCCCGCUGCGAAGAGGCCUUCUCCCGCAAGCAGCUGCUGCGACUGCACCGCCUGUCCGCGCACGGAGGCGGCGGCGCUGCUUCUGUUACGGCGCAGGAUGGCGGAGGAGGAGGAGGAGCGGGAGAAGAAGCGGCGGCGGGGGGCUCCGGGCGGGCGGCGCGGCCCUUCUGCUGCCCGGUCCCCGGCUGCUCUUGGGCCUUCGCCACGGCCUACAAGCUGCGGCGCCACCUGCACUCGCACGACAAGCUGCGGCCUUUCGCCUGCUCGGCGCCCGGCUGCUCGAAGCGCUUCACCACCAUCUACAACCUGCGGGCGCACGGCCGGGCCCACGAGCAGGAGGCGACGCACAAGUGCGAGGCGUGCGGGCAGCGCUUCCCCAGCGCCGCCCGCCUCGGCGCUCACCAACGGAGAAGCCACCUGGAGCCCGACCGGCCUUACCGCUGCGAGUAUCCAGGUAAGCAGCCGGCAGCUCUCCCUCUAAGUAUUUUUACAAAGGUCAACAAGUCUCGGCCUUUCGGACUUGGCUAAGAGCCCCGCCUCAAAAUCCGUUCGGACCCCCGGAUUGCUGGCUGCAUCCAUUGCACGUUUAAAGCGCACGAAUUCCACCAGAGAAUCCUUGGAGCCCAGCUUCCAGUUACCAGUUCCAGCACCCUCAACAAACUGCGGUUCCCAGGAUUCUUUGGGGAGAAGUCGUGCACUUUAAAUGUGCAGUGUGGAUUUGUUUUGCACAGUGGAAAAAGCGGAAGAGAGUUGAAUCGCAAUCUCAGUACCCACUUGCAGUACUAAUCUUUCUAAGAAAAAAUACUUUGCCCUGCACUAUUCAUUAGGUGGUUUCGGCACCUUGUGGGAUAGAAUAGAGAUAGUGAUAAGACCCGAAAUUACUCGUUGAGCUUUGCAGGUAAGUGAGGGUUUGAAUCCAAGCCAGAACAUCCACAAUGCUGUAGGGUCAUUCCAUAUCAAAUGAUUCAUAUAUUUUUUUUAACCUCAUGUCAUCCAGUUUUCUUAAUAUUUUGUACACUUUUAAAAAAAAUUAAAAUGUUAGAUAUAAACUUAGUUUUGAUCAUUCAACAAGUGUACAAAAUAUUAAGAAAAUUGGAUGAGGUAAAAUUGGAUCACUUGUUAUGGAAUGACCCUGUAGUGGGGUUCAGUAUAAGUGCACUGUAAUAUUUAGACUUGUGCAUAACUUUCAGCAUUCUGUUUGCAAGAGAGAAGCACAGAAGGCAGACAUGAAGGCCUUCAUCUGUUGUUUGUUUUCUGCAUUUGGUACUCUUGAGAUAAUCUACUUUAGAUUAGCUAUCAUGUACAUUGUCUCUGUACAUUAGAAUGCUUACCAUGCUGGAAUGCUACAAUAUUAGAUGUGGAAAGUAAAGGUUAGCGAAACAACAAGAAAAUUUGCACUCCAGUUUAGAAGAAAGGGAAAUUGCAGAGUGAUGUAUAAGAAUGGCAGUGUACUGGUGAAAAGGAGAUGCAAAAAACUAACUCCAGCUGUGACAUUAUACUGCAGUACUGGAAAUAAACUUAGUCCAGAACAAUUUCCCAGAAAGGUCUUCAUAGUUUAAUGAGGUAUCUAUCUUAUCUAUGUAUCUACCUACCUACCUACUGUUAUUUAAUGGGGUUGUAGACCACUUUUCAGGCAGUUCCCCCCAUAGUACUUGGAAAUGAUAUGUCAACGUAAUAUACACAGUAAGAUACACCAUUAAAACAAUUUAAAUGAUAUUAUUAUUACCAUGAACUUUUCUAGAUCAUGGUGGUAAUAAUAUUCUAGUUCAUGGUAAUACCCAAUUGUUUUGUUUUCCACUAAAGCAGAGUUUGGUUCUUCCUUCUUUCUCUAGGUUGUGAGAGGACCUUCAUAACAGUGAGUGCAUUAUUUUCUCAUAAUCGAAUCCACUUCAGGGAACAAGAACUGUUCUCCUGCUCCUUCCCCGGCUGCAACAAGCAGUAUGACAAAGCCUGCCGACUGAAAAUCCACAUGAGAAGUCAUACAGGUGUGAAGCUAGGGCAUUAGUUAAAGUUGGUUUGUCAUUAAUAGAUAAACUGAUUAUGUUGAAUUGAAAUGUGUCCUUGAUUCUUAGAUGGAGUUGUGGUACUAAGGAAUAAACACAGUUUUGUGUGUGGGUUUCCCUCCCCCAGUCUAUUUGAUUUACUUGAAUCCUGGUGUUGUUCUGUGUCCUUGGGUGCGCUGCUAGCUUGCUAUCUUAAGUAGAAGUUAACUUCUACUUAAAUAAAACCAGCAAACCUGAGCUUAAGUGAGUGGGUGGUGGAAGCAAAUAGAACUUAAUGUUUAACUGAUUUAUAAAAGUAAGGCUUCCUUGGAUUUGGUAAACUUGAAAUAGUAUUUUCAGAUUUAUAGGGAGAGUGUCCUUUAAACAACUGUGCAUAUUGCUUGCCUGGGGUCAACAGCAUUUUGAGCAAUGUAAGCUAUAUGCAUGACUUGCUCUGAAUCUUCUGGUGUUAAAGAACCAAAGCUAUUUAACUCAAGAGAGGAAUCAGGGAGAAGGGUCAUUGGAUGGGUGAGAAUGUUUCUUCUGUUUAUUUAAAAAAUUAUUGAACUGGUUUUAGCUAAGGUUCUCAAAGUAGCUCAUAAGCUGCACAAAACAGAACAAUUAAAUCAAUAGUAAACAUAAAAUUAUUAGACAUCCAGAAUAACAUGUGAGAGUGAGCAGUUGUGUGUGGGGGGUUAUCAGAAAUGUUGGGUAAUUGCAUUCGUUGUUUUUUUAAAAAAAUUUUUUUGCUUUUGCUUUCCUCCAGGUGAAAGACCUUUCAUCUGUGACUUUGAAGGUUGUGGCUGGUCUUUCACUAGCAUGUCCAAGCUAUUAAGGCACAAAAGGUAAAUUGCCUGACUGUACAUGGCUGUUUCAAGGUCCUCAAAGAGCUUGCACUUUAAACUUUUUCACUGGGGGAAAUAACAAAUCGGGAGGGUGCGAAAAGGGAAAGAGAUGAAUACAAGAAGAUAAAUAAGCUUUGCUUCCCAUGGGAAAGGCAUAUGCAUUUUAUCUGGAAUAUUAUUUUUGGUGCUGUUGGGCCCCAAGCAUCAUGGCCCUUCUGGCUGGGGUUGAUCUGAGUUGUUGUCUAAAACAGCUGAAGGGUACCAGAUUGUGGAAUUCUGGUUUAAGUGUUCCAGGUACAGUAUAGCAAUAUGCACAUGUUCAGCUAAAAUGAUUAGGAUCCAACCUAUAAUCAUUGAUGCCUGUGCCCUUAGUAUUUCAUAUUGAAUUUAUUUAAUUCUUAUUGUAGGAAACAUGAAGAUGACAGAAGGUUUACAUGUUCUGUAGAAGGCUGUGGAAAAUCCUUCACAAGAGCCGAACACUUGAAAGGCCAUAGUAUAACUCAUCUUGGCACAAAGCCAUUUGAAUGUCCAGUAGAAGGUAUUAUUUGUAUAUGUGCUCUUGUAUGCUUGUGUUUAUCUCCUUUGUUCCUAGUCAUGCAGAGAGGGUUAAAUUAGAGAAGAUGGCAGCUGCUCUAUGCAUCAGGUUUGAAUUGUCGCUGAAUCAUACAAUGGGGAGAAAAGCACGUUCAUAGCACAGCAUGGAUAGGAGAAACCCUUUCUUGUUUUCCCCUCCAAAACUACUUUUUAAAAAGGUGUUUUUGGUUUUGUUCUGGCACUUUUGGAUGCCCUAUACAUGCUUGUUUGUGACAUUUUAAGUUUUCCACACUAACAGCCUAUGUCUGCUGAGAAGUAAUUCCCAUAGUGGAGCUUAUUCUCAAGUACUGUAGUGAGUAUAGGAUUGCAGUCUGGAUUUUCCAUAUUACAUUACUUUGUAUUAAUAACAUUUCCACAUUUUUUAUGACAGUACAUACAAAAAAAUCAUGACAGAUAAUUUUGUGGAAUGGAAUGGGAAUCCUGAUAAUUGCCUUUGGCAUCUAAAUGAAAAGAGGCUAUAAAUUAAAAAUGUAAAUACAGGGACGGUACCUAAACUUUGAUAUCUUAUUUCAGGUUGUUGUGCCAAGUUCUCGGCACGUAGUAGUCUGUAUAUUCACUCCAAAAAACACCUUCAGGAUGUGGACUCACUGAAGACGCGUUGCCCUGUAUCCAGCUGUAAUAAAUUGUUCACUUCCAAGCAUAGUAUGAAAACACACAUGGUCAAGCAACACAAUUUUAGUGCAGGUAUGACCCGUUGACUGACUGCUUGGCAAUAAGUCAUAGCUGGUAUGUGUUAUAUCUAAAACAUAAUAUAUUUAUUUUUGGUAUUGAAACAUUGGUUAUUUUAGAAAGCCCAAUAAGUUGUGGUUUCAAAUGCUUUUCUCCUAAGUCCUUGCCAUUUACAGUGGUACCUCUGGUUACGUACUUAAUUUGUUCCGGAGGUCCGUUCUUAACCUGAAACUGUUCUUAACCUGAAGACCACUAACUAAUGGGGCCUCCUGCUGCUGCUGCGCCGCCGCGCGAUUUCUGUUCUCAUCCUGAAGCAAAGUUCUUAACCCGAGGUACUAUUUCUGGGUUAGCGGAGUCUGUAACCUGAAGUGUAUGUAACCUGAGGUACCACUGUAAUUACUAUGGGGUGUUGUAUCCUUUUAAAAGGAGGGCAUUAAUUUAUAAUAGUAUUUCCUAACUUACAGCAGGAGCAGUGACUGAGUGAUACUGGUGUCAACUUGUGGUUUUCUCAGACAUUGAUCUCAUGCUUUCAGGCACUUUAUGGUCAAUUCCAUAUAACUAGUGGCUUGUUUGCCACUGAAAAUUGCUUCUGUAUGAUAGAAGCUCUACAUGGUUGUGAGAACUGCAUGAAUUGGUUUCCUAUGUGGUUUAGCCAAACUGAGUGGUAAGUAAUGGUGCCAGAAUCUGGGGAAAUGCAGCAUGUACCUCUCAGUCUGCAUAACAUACAGGAAACUGAUUCAAGCCAUUCUCAUAGUAUGUGGCACCCUGACCUUGAACAGCAGCCAUGCCACUGUGUGUGCAUAAGAGGGAGGCAGGGUUUGAAAAUGAUCCGAAAAGACAGACUAGAAUAGUGACAAGCAGAAAUAGGCUCCUAGCUAACAUUGGCUUCUGCAAGGUGAGAAGGAUGUUGGCUGGAGUGAUUUAGACAGCAGGAUGUUUGGAGGAAUGGCAGGGCAGCCAAGUUAGAAGUAGAGGCAGCAGGUGGGGCUUAUUGUUGGCUUUUGAUUCCCAUGUUCCAUGGGCACGAUGGUACUAACAUGCUAAAUUUUCGUUUCAGAUCUCUUAAAUCAGAUGGAAACUAUCGGUUCCCUCACGCCUAGCAGCGAACUUGCCAGUUCAGGACAAAGUGACCUCAGCAAUGUAGACCUUGUGUCCCUUUUUUCCAGUGUUUCUGGAAACACCUCUGGAAUUUCAACAGACAUGGCUCUGAUAAACUCUGGAAUUCUCACAAUAGAUGUUGCUUCCGUUGGCUCCACGCUUGGGGGCAAUCUUUCCGUUGGUAGCAGUUCUCUUGGUCAGACAGUUGACCCACUGAUUUUAGUGGCUAGCAGUGACAUUCCACACAGCCUGGACAGCUCUCUUCUGCUGGGAACCACUGCCACAGUUUUACAGCAAAGCACUUUAAAUUUGGAUGAUGUACAGACUGUGAAUGCAGAAGCCUUAGGCUCCCUAGCAUCGUUGUCCACAAGGAGUUCCAGUCAAGACCUGCAUGGUUUGACUUCCAGUAAUAACCUGUCAGUAGACGCAGCCACUUUAACCCCUUCAAGCAGCCUUGGUGGAAAUAAUGCAUCUGAAUUACUGGCUCCAAGUAAAGCAGAGCAAACUUUACUUCCUAACCUGGAUGUUGUGGGACAGCAAGAAGGCAGUAAAGUGGUGACUCAGUUUGUGUUCUCCAACCCUCCAGGAAGUUACAGUGCACAGAAAGAAACUGAUCUGAGCACGGUGACUGGCAGCUCCUUUCUGGUAUGCAGUAGCUCUCAAUAACUGUAGUUUUCAUUAGUAUCUUAGCUUUGAGGAUAUUAUAUUGCCGUAUAUGAGCCAUCCUUUCUACCAGAUCAAAUGGGUUUGUGGAAUGUCUGCCACGAACGAAGUCGUCGUAUAUUUUGUACAACGUAAGUGGUAUAAGUUGCGGUUGCCUGUGAAAGUAUUAAACCCAGUUACACAUUCUACAUCACAUUUGGAGGAAAGUUUGCUUUUUGUUUUCCCAGCUGGAGCUUAGUGCUAUUAACCUCUCUUCCCAAGUUGUUGUAAGUACUCAAAAAUGAGUGAUGGUUGACUUUGGAACUGACUAAAUAAAAAGGAGUGCCCUGUUCGCUGCUUAUAGAACAAGGAAAAUGGACUGCAAUAUCUUGAAGAGUUCCUUCUCUUCUGAUCCUUGUAUUAUUAUUAUUAUUAUUAUUAUUAUUAUUAUUAUUAUCCCACACGCAGCUAAAAUAGGGUUUCUGACUGGUAGUUGAAUUAAACAUGUGUGUUAGUUUGAGGAAGACAGAGGACCAUAGUCUUGAGCUACAUUUCCAAAACGUGUUUCGGUGGUAGUCUUUUUAAUACAGUACUUCCAAUCCCCUGCGAGUCAGAUAAAUGGGUGACCUCAAUAUUGAAUUUCCCUAUGCUUGCAUCACUAUCCCAUUAAACUGUUAAGCUGAUUAGCAUAGAAAAAGUUCAGACCAUGCAGGGAGACUUCUAGGGAUCUAUUCAGUGAUGUUUGGAAAAGCAUAUUGUCUAAAAUGUGAACCUAAUAAUCCUAAGAAUCCUGUUGUAUUGGUGACAUGCAUAAACCUUCUUCUCUCAUUAGGAGAGUGGUGGGUCUGCAAGAACAGAUUAUCGAGCCAUUCAGCUUGCCAAGAAAAGAAAACAGAAAGAAAAUGGGAAUGACAUAGGUGAGUAUAUAAUUGUUCCAGUACAGAAUGCAAUUUACCGAGUGAAAUUGUUUUCAAGACUUGUGUGUGUGCCUGGUACAAGCCAUCAUAGAUUACUAAGGUAGUAUCAUGGUUAGUUUGGGGCUAUUCGGGUGAAUAGAGCCUCACUUCUUAGAAGACUUGCUCAAAUUGGGGUAAUUUUGCUAUGUUCUAGUAGUGGGUAUUCUCUAUCAUCCUCUACAGAUGAUAGAACACUGUUCAAUGAAAUAUUGCUUAAUGAAGCUCUUUCCCUGUUUCUUAAAUGUUUACUUUUGUAUGAAAUGGUAAUUGUAAAAUACCCUUAUCACCCAAUUCUAACCAUGUUCACUAAUCCUUCCUCGGGCAUGUACAUAUUGAUUAUAUCUGCUCUGACCUUGAUGCUGUAUGUGAAGCAGUUUCUUUGUCUAGAACACAUAGUGGUCCAGUUUUGUUGGAUUGGUUUUUUCAGUUAUUGUGACUUAAGGAUGUAAACAUGGUGUUCAGAGAAAUUUGGUCAACCUCUUGUGUGCUCGUCCAUGCUGUUCAUUAGUACCGUAUUUUUCGCCCCAUAGGACGCACCGCCCUAUAGGACGCACCUAGUUUUUUUGGGGGGGAAAUAAAGAAAAAAAAAUUUAUUUCCCCAGGCACUGGGCGGCGGGAAGCCCGAGCUUCCCCCGACCCCAGCCCCCAGAAGAGCCUGCUAUCCGCAAGCCUAGGGAGCCGCGCCGGUCUACCCAGGCUUGCGGACAGCUGUGCGAAGCCCGGGCGCGCUGAGGCUUCCUAAUGCAGGCAGCUCUGCGCGACCCUCCGGAGGCCAGCGCGGCUUGGCGUCGAGCUCCAGAGGGAUGCGCAGAGCUGCACGGAGCCCGAGAGGGCAGGCAGCUCUCCGCGGCCCCCCGGAGGCCAGCGCGGCUUGGCGCCGGGCUCCGGAGGGUCGCGCAGAACUGCGCAGAGCCCGGGAGGGCAGGUAGCUGUGCGCGACCCUCCAGAGGGUUGCACAGAGCUUCCUGAAGCCUGGAGAGCGAGAGCCUCUCGCUCUCCAGGCUUCAGCGAAAGCCUGUAUUCGCCCCAUAGGACGCACCCACAUUUCCCCUUCAUUUUUGGAGGGGAAAAAGUGCGUCCUAUAGGGCGAAAAAUACGGUAAUUAUAUUUGGAGAAGUGAAGUAACUGGGUUGGUCUAGGAGGUAGAAACUGAGAUAUGAAAGCUAGGAGCUAAAUGGCACCUUAAACCUAGGUUAUAGGCACUAGAACGGAAUGUCUAGGCACACUUUUUAUAACAAAAAUACAAAGCUGAAAAAGAAAGAACUGCAGCUAAAAUACUACGUUCGUUUUUCACAUGAUCUAGUUCUUUCCUUGCCCACCUCCCUAAUAUUCUUACGAGGGUCUCUUCUCCAGUCUCCAGAGAGUAGCUGGAAGUGGGGAGGCAGAAAAAAGUCCUCCUUUCCUUCCACUCUGCAAUUUUAAUCUUAAAUCUGGGGUGCAGUGCUGCACCCAGAGCUCAAAAACUGCUUGCACUAAUGAAAUUCCCUGUCGCAAAAUGCACCCAGAACAAUGGGAGUUUUGAAUACUGCUAUGAGGUGCAGGAUUCUGUAAGCUUAGUUUUACUAAUGGGAUAUCAGGAUUCAGCUCCAUGGUUUUUAUAUGCCAUGUGUAGUAUUACCUACUACCUAAUUACCUACUUUCUUUGGUGAAAAGCAUAUAUUGUUAUAUUAAAAGCUUUUUUGAAAGACAUUAUUUAGAAGUACAUAUGUUCAAUUCCUUGGAACAUGACUUUGUAUUACACACGUCAAUUACUUUAUUUCAGGAAGCCCUAACUCUGGCAUAAGAAAAGGCAAAAGUGAUAAAGUUAGUUCUUCUAACCAUGGGAAUCGGUCAUGCAAUAGUGUUUUGCCAAAUGGAAGCCUAACAGUAAGAGAUUCUUCAGCUGGCACACAGUUUGUUCAAAUCCAGCUACUUCAGGUAAGAAUUCACUACCUGACUUUAUUUACACACUUCAUUUUUAAAUUAUGUAUUUAGAAAUGUACACCCUACAUCUACUUUUACGCAACUGGUAAGUGGUUCUUGGUGUGCAUGAUGAUCCAUUAUAUAGUUCAGAUGCAACAUCCCUGGAGGGCAUUUAGAAAUUAACUUGCAAACUAUCCUGACUUGUUUUUAGGAGGUAAUUUAAUUAUUGUUUGAUUUUAUACCAAUGUUAUAUAUUUGAUGUUAGCUGCCCUGUGCCCAGUCUUGACCAGGGAAGGCGGGAUACAAAUAAAAGUUUAUUAUUAUUAGUAUUAUACUCAACCUUUCAGCUCUCUUCUCUACCCAUCACAUGAUAACCCCUUUCCUCGCUUGUUUACUGAAAAUGAAAACUGUUGAAAUAUAUAUGUGAAAUGAAUUGGGAAUAUGUUAAAACAAAACAGUAAAUGGACAGCAACACAUUCAAACAAACAGUUGGUGGUGAAGUCAGGGUGGCAGGGGGAAGAUGAGCUGGUAUACAGUAGACUGGCAUGUCCCAGGUGAAGUGACCCCUUUGUCUAAAAUAAGUGUAACCAAUUUGCAAAUGGUGAUUAAUAAAAACAGGUUUGAUGUGCUCUGGAGGGUUGGGCCCUUUGGAACAGCAUAGGAAGUGGUGGUGUAGGGAGGAGGAGGUACCUGAAGAUUCCCUUCAUUCUUGUUCUGUCUGAAAGCUCCACUGGGUCAGAAAGCCUUCCUUUAGCAAAGGGAUACCGUUUAGAUCAGUACAUGGAUGUAUAAAGUACUCUCUUGUUUUUGCAUUUAGUAUAUGCAGAGGAUGGUGUCCAUGGAAGAAUAAGUUAGAUGAACAUUGCCUUUUAAUAACUGUCUGCUUAUAGUGAAUAAAGUAACUAAGUACAGUGGUAUCUUGGAAGUAGAAUGGAAUCCAUUCUGGAAAUCUGUUUGACUUCCAAAACGUCCGGAAACCAAGUUGCGACUUCCAAUUGGUUGCAGCUCCUGCAGUCAAUUGGAAGCCAUGGAAGCUAAAUCAGAUGUUCAGGUUCCAAAGAACAUUUGUAAACGGGAACACUCUCUUCCGAGUUUGCGCUGUUCGGAAGCCAAACCAUUUGAGUCGCAAGGCGUUCGUCAACCAAGGUAUGACUGUAAAUAGUUUCCAGUCCAUAAUUGGGUGGCAGCAUGAUUUAUAUAUUUCAUAGAAAUGAUUAAGAUUUCUACUUUCAGGAUGGAGAGCCUUAAAAAUGCAUAGCUAAUUAGACAUGUUGCCACUUCCAAAUGUUUCCAUGUGUUUAUAGCAGAAGAUUAGGUUGCCAUUGGGAUUUUUCUGUGAUUAGAAACUGAUCUUGUCUCCUUUAUCUUUAGGAUGAUUCCCCAGGAGAGGGAGAUUUGCCAUUUCAGCUCAGUUCUCAGUCAUCUUCUUCACAUUCUCAGCUGACAGUAGACUUGCCUGUUCAUAUCCUUCAGGUACAACCCCUUUUGUGUUUUAAAAUUGGACAGCAACACAAUUCCAGUUGCCCUGCGUGAUACAAAUGGACAGCUACUAUAAGUUUUUAAAAGAUGCCUUUUCUGUAUGCUUUUUUUGCUUGUUUAAAAUUUGAUGGAUAAAUGGUAAACGACCAAAAGCUGACUGUAGAAGAGUAUGAUUUUUUAAAAUCAUCCAGUGUGUGUGAUCUUCCCAGAGAUGGAAUUUGGAAGCUUAUUAAAUCAGCCAUAUAUAUCUGUGAAACCUGGAAAUUGGAAUGCCUAUGUCACUGUGAAUUUUUUUAUUCUGCUUUUGUACAGGAGCCACACAACUCUACCGAAGAGGAUGCCAGUUCUGAUAAUUCUCAGUUUACAGGAAGCACCAUUAACCUACAAGACCUUGAAUGA